AGAGGGAGGUAUCAGGUUGCUGUACUUCGGCUGUGGUUGUCACUGUCUAAUAAUAUGACCGUUUUGCCAUCUCUCUGCAAAUAAGACAGAAGCUGCUACCUGAUUGGUAUAGCAUCUCACUUUCCCUCCUCAUUGAUUUUCCUGUUCCCCUCCUCUGCUUCAUAAAAAAAGAGGGACAAGUGGCUGGUGCUGUGGACGGAGAAGCUUUAUUUUUAGUAUGAGACAGCCUCUGUUUUCUUUCAGGAGAGGGAAGUUGGAUUAUCAAUUCUUUUGUAAAUGUGUAUGGUGAUAUUUGCUCCGCUUUUUGCAAUAUUUGCAUUUUCAACAUGCGGUGGCUAUUCUGGAGGCCUGCGGCUGAGUGUGGACUGUGUCAACAAGACGGACAGUAACCUCAGCAUUGACAUAGCGUUUGCCUACCCAUUCAGGUUGCACCAGGUGACAUUCGAGGUGCCGACCUGCGAGGGAAAGGAGCGGGAGAAGCUGGCGCUGACCGGGGACUCCUCGUCUUCAGCAGAGUUCUUCGUCACCGUGGCCGUCUUUGCCUUCCUCUACUCCUUGGCCGCCACCGUCGUUUACAUUUUCUACCAGAACAAGUAUCGGGAGAACAACCGGGGUCCGCUCAUUGACUUCAUCGUCACUGUAGUCUUUUCAUUCUUGUGGUUGGUGGGUUCAUCAGCAUGGGCGAAAGGACUGUCUGAUGUCAAGGUCGCAACGGAUCCCAAAGAAGUGUUGUUACUGAUGUCAGCCUGCAAACAGCCAUCCAACAAGUGCAUGGCUGUCCACAGCCCCGUGAUGUCCAGCUUAAACACGUCUGUGGUCUUUGGAUUCUUGAACUUCAUUCUCUGGGCUGGAAACAUCUGGUUUGUUUUCAAGGAGACCGGCUGGCAUUCCUCAGGACAGAUGUAUCUUCCAGACCCAAUGGAGAAGCACUCGAGCAGCUAUAACCAAGGCAGGUACAACCAAGACAGCUAUGGGUCCGGAGGCGGGUACAGCCAGCAGGAGAGUUUGGGGCCAGCCUCCGAUGAGUUUGGCCAACAGUCCAGUGGCCCCGCCUCCUUCAGCAAUCCGAUUUAA